AUGAAGUGCAUCAGUCUCAGUCCACCUGAUCAGGCAUUCUUCACAUUCCUCAAUUCAACAGAGGUCCGAGGAGAAAGAGGGGAGGAGAUAAAAGCAGAGAUAUCCGGAGCGUGGGUGGCUCAGGAAAUGAUCAAACAAGUGGGUCUGACUCUGGAAACCACAAUCAUCCACAAUCACACACCUCGUCUUCUCCACCUGCUGCUAUUGGCUGAGCUGUUUGUCCAAUCAUCAUCUCGGCCCACCCACAAUGUGUCCAUGUGUGGCAUGUUGGGAUCAAUGAUCCCCCAACUGGACACGCUGCUAAACCUGUCCAAGAAACUCCACGGCCUGACAGAUGAUGAACUAACAUUUGUAGCUGCUGCAGAAAACAAACUGGAUAAUCUUCCCAACAUCCAACACACUGCCGCUGCUUUCAGCUCUUCAAAGAUGAACCAGACUCUCUCUCAGUUGUACGAGUUCGCUCAGUCUUUCCAGUUCCAUCUGAACUGGUUAAAAAUUGCCAGAGACAACGUCAGUUUGCCUUGUCAGCCAGCAGAGGGCGCCAGUGCACAGAUGCUGCAGCUCUCAGAUGUCCUGAAGGCAUCUCUGCUUCAGAUCAGUCUGGAUGUUCCUCACACUCCUCUUCCAUCCUUCCCUGUUGUCUCCACGGCCUUCGAGGCGCUCCAGUUCUCAGUGGAGAUCUCUGAACACUUACAAGUCUUCUGUCACUGGGCCAAGAGGUCUAUACGACAUCUGCAGAGACAGCAGCGCUGCCCCAGACAGUAG